AUGUCUGUCAAGUACGACAAGCUCAAAUCUCCAUGCCUUUACUUUAAAACGACUCUUACAAAUAAAUUUGAAGACUAUGCUAGUCAAAAAUUUGGACCUUUCCUAAGAGGUACGCUAAAGCUGAAACUAGUUCUUGAUAAAGGAAUAACUUUGCUGAACCAGCUCACACCGCCGGUUCAUAUGCACAUUAUAAUGCAAGCUUUCAACUUCUCCAGCAGUUCAAAUGAUAUGGAUGAUAUGUUGUAUGAUCUUUCUGUUGGAGGUGAUGCGAUAUGCAAGGACACCUAUCAUAUCAAAUAUUUCUGUUUAUUAACUGGACAAAAGCGUUGUCUAAAAUUUUUUGGUCACAUAGCUCAUGCCAAUCCUAUGGAGGAUCAUUACCGGGCUUUAAAAGCUGUCAUAGACCGACCGUCACCGGACUGGACUCGACCGCACGGCCGUCCAAGACAGUCAUGGAUCCCUCAGUGGAGAAGAAUCUGUCCCUCAUCAACUACGGUCCUUACUUGGCUUGCUCAUGAUCGCUUAAUGGAAGCACCUUGUAAACACGGCAACGUCCCGUUAUUAUGA